CUGGGUACAGGAGAGAAACCUAAUUACAAAAAAUGUCCCCAACACGCGGGAUAUCUGUGACGAUAGCGGCCUUCUAUUGUGCGUUGCUGAUUGCAGUUUCUCCACAACGAGCACCAGAUUUUCCUCCAGAAUCGUUAAUCGAAUGGACGGCAGAUCAGCAUCGGGCCUGUGUCGAUGAGACCGGUGUCAGCGAGGCCUCAAUUGCUCGUUUCAACGGGGUGGAAAUUUUCGACGAUGACGUACAGCUCAAAUGCUACAUGGAAUGCAUGUUCCGCCAGUUUAACGUCACCAAGCCGGACGGUGAUGUGGACAUGAUUGGGGUGUACCAUGCAAUUCCGAAGCAGCUAAAAACGGUUGCCCUGAAGGUCUACAACAAGUGCCGUGACGUUGUGGAUGGCGGAACCCUUUGCGAGCGAGCCUUCUCUCAUCACAAAUGUUGGAAGCAGACCGAUCCGGAUCACUACUAUCUUUUCUGAGCAGAUUGCGUCGGUGAAACAAUUCUGAUUUUUUAAACUAACCUCGGAGUUAUUACUAAAAUACAACUUUAUGAAAAUAUUAGAUAUUUUUCCGCUAACUAGAAGAACGACCACUUUGUUUUCAACAGAUGGAGAUGGCUUUUGGUCACGGUUUUAGCAAAUAUUAUUUUAUUUUGUCUAUCGCCUACGUUUCAAAGGUCUACGCCUUCAUCUUCAGGGCCGGUUAAAACGGUUAAAAUAAUAUCAUAGUCAAGGAAUGUUCCAUGUUCAGAAUCACUUGACCAUCAUAUUAUUGUAACAGUUUUUUGCCCUGAAAAUGAAGGCGUAGGCGAUAGACAAAAUAAAAUAAUAUUUGCUAAAAACGUGACCAAAAGUCAUUGAACAUCGUUGAAAAGAUUUACUACAAAGAAUACAAUAUAAUAGGAUGCGUUUAUACGGCUAAUUUUAUCAAUAACUGUGGUAAUCUACUCAUGAACUACUUUUCCACAAUUGGUGUAAAGUUUGCAAAGAUCCAUGAAUUACUUACCUCCU